AUGGCGUCGCCGAGUACUGCCAGCUCACCACGUUCAGACUCCCGCUUGCCAACGAGUACACCAAGCUCGCCGCCAGAGUCAAAUGAUGACCUCGAAGGUGCAGAUGAUGCAUUGGUGAGAGAAGAACAGGAAGCUCGUGCUGAAAAUGACAAAAAUGAAGAGAAGCGUCGUCAGACCCUUCUCAAGGGAAAGAAGAAGAAAAAGGCCGAGACUAGAGCUGAGCGUGAAGCCAAGGCUAGAGAACUUGAUGACUUGCUCGCAAAGUCAGCUGCCUUCUCGGAUAUUCUCACGAAAAAAACACAGGUUCUCGGUCGUGUUGGAAGCAGUCUCGAUGGAACGACUCUCGGUGAACAUAACUUGAAAAUGGCUGAGCAGCCCAAGUGUAUGAUUAACGGUACCAUGCGCGACUACCAGCUCGAGGGCUUGACUUGGAUGUAUGAGAUUUGCUCUCAAGGCAUGUCUGGUAUUUUGGCUGACGAGAUGGGUCUUGGCAAAACUGUCCAAACCAUCGCCUUGAUUGCGUUGCUUCGUGAGCAGGAGAAUUAUCUCGGCCCUCAUUUGAUCGUUGCGCCUCUCAGCACACUCAGUAACUGGAUCGCCGAGUUCGAAAAAUGGACACCUUCGAUCCCUGUGGAAAUGUACCACGGUGACAAAAAGGCUCGCGAGCAGAUCUUCAAAACAAAAAUGACGAAGCAUCUCAAGAGUGGUCGCCCUACUGCCAAGUUCCCAGUGGUUUGCACAUCGUACGAAAUGGUUCUCAGAGACCAGCACAACUUGUCAAGGAUCAACUGGGAGUUCAUCAUCAUCUCAACACUGCUGACUUCUUCUCAGGAUGAAGGUCAUCGCAUGAAAAAUGCAGAUGCCAAACUAUUCCAACAGCUUCGCCAGUUUCACUCGGCUACUCGUCUCCUCAUUACGGGAACUCCUCUGCAGAACAACUUGAAAGAGUUGUGGUCGCUUCUUCACUUCCUCCUGCCCAACAUUUUCACCGACUGGGAGGCGUUCGAGUCCUGGUUCGACUUUUCAGAUCUUCAAGAUGAGGAGGGAACCGAAGAGUUCAUCGCCGAUCAAAAGAAGCAAGAGUUGGUCAAGAAGAUCCACCUCAUUUUACAACCCAUGUUGCUACGACGUGUCAAGGCAGAUGUCGCAGCAUAUCUUCCCAAGAAGCGGGAGUAUGUGCUAUUUGCUCCCAUGACAAAAGAGCAGACAGACUUGUACAAUGUUCUCACUGACAAAAAGGUCGAUACCCGUCAGUAUCUCGAAAACAAGGUACUCGAAAAGCUGAAUGCUGGUGUAUCAGCGACACCCAGCGAAAAGUCAUCUCGAUCAAGCAGUCGUGCCCCGCCAAAGACCAUCUCACUCCCAGUUCGCGAGUCCGCGCGUAAGAACGAAGUCGAGCCAGAGGAGUCCGAGAAGCCUGAGGAGCCAGCCCCUAAUGCUUUCUCCGUGAUGAUGAAUAAGAAGCGUGGUCGCGGAAGACCUCCCAAGAAUCCAAAGCCUGAUGCGUCAACCCAAACUCCAGAGAAGCCUGGAACCAAACGCAAGAACCACCCGGUUGCAUUGGAACCAGAGCCGAAGAGCACAAAGUCGAGUCGCCAAGCAACGCCUGUAGGUCUGCGCAGAAGAACCAGAAAGACUCGAACAUACAAGGAUGCCGGUUCCGAUGAGGAGAAGAUGUCGGACGAUGAAUUCGAGGCCAAACUCGCAAAUGAGGUAGAAUCUGAUGAUGAAGACAAGGACGGCAAAGCGUCGAUGACUCCUGAGGAGCGUGAACGGGCAGAGGCUUUUGAGCUUGCAAAAAAGCAAAUUGCUCACAAGAAGCUCGGUAACCCAAUGGCCCAGCUGAGACUGGUCUGUAAUUCGCCACACAAUUUCUACAACCCCUGGAAGGCUUCUACGGAGCUCUCUGUCGACGACUCAAUCGUCACCGCUUCCGGCAAGAUGCUUCUUUUGGAUCGUUUACUUCCCCGCCUGUUUGAAGGCGGCCACAAAGUCCUCAUCUUCUCUCAGUUCGUGACUCAGCUUGAUAUCCUAGAAGAUUACUGCGCGGAGCUUCGAGGUUGGAAGGUCUGCCGCAUUGACGGCUCCGUCUCGCAAACAAGUCGACAAGAGCAAAUUGCUGAUUUCAAUAAUGAUCCAAACUACAAGAUUUUUCUAUUGUCUACCCGCGCAGGCGGUCAAGGAAUCAACCUUGCUUCUGCGGACACAGUUAUCUUAUUUGACUCCGACUUCAACCCUCAGCAAGAUCUUCAAGCUCAAGAUCGCUGUCAUCGAAUCGGCCAAACCCGCCCCGUGGUUGUCUUCCGUCUUGCAACAAAAGACACAGUCGAAGAGUCACUCCUCAACUCCGCAGACGCGAAACGUCGUCUCGAGAAGCUCGUUAUCAAGAAGGGAAAUUUCACGACUAUGGGUCAAAAAAUGGACCUUCGUGAAGAUCUCGACCCUGAAUCUCUUCGUGCCCUCCUCUUGAAAGAUGGACAAGUGUACAAAGUGUCUGGUGGUGAAGAAGUACUCAGCGACUCGGACCUUGAUGUUCUCUGCGACAGAAGUGACUCGGCCUACGAAAAAGCUGCUAUCGGAGAAGGCGACGCCGAUGCCUUCCGCGUUGUCGAAACAGGUGCUGAUUCCAUCAAGAUGGCGCGAAAGGAUUGA